AUGACAACCAAGAACACAACAGAACUUCCUGGUGUUGAAACUGGCACUAUUGCCAUUCCAACCAGCACUUCUUACCCUCUUGAUGAUCCACUCAUCCUCACAACUGCUGAUUAUGCAGUCACUAAGCUGGUUAGUCUUGCCCUUACUGGUGAAGACAAUUACCAUGUAUGGAGUCGAAAUAUCUUCACCGCACUUGAAGGUCGCAACAAACAAGUUUUGGUGGAUGGCUCAUUGGAGGCUCGCUAUGCCGCGUCCAAUGAUACUCGAGUAUAUGAGCUUCGUCAAUCCAUGGGUGAAACGCGUCAGGGUGCGAUGUCUGUUACGGAAUAUUAUACCAAACAAAAAGGUUUUUGGGAUGAGUUCAUCUACUACAACAUCCUUCCAGAUUGUACCUGUGGAUCACGGGCAGCCCUGGAGUGUUAUCAACAAAAGGACCACACUAUGGUCUUUCUAAUGGGUUUGAAUGAGUGCUUCACCAUUGUUUGCAAUCAAAUACUUUCUCUUGAGCCUCUUCCUGUAUGUUCAAAAGCCUUGUCUAUGGUGCUUCACAUAGAAAGACAGCUGACUCUUACUCACACAUCAUCCACUCCACACAGUUCCUCUGCUAUGGCUGCAAAGUCUUUGUCUACUAAUGAUUCAGGAAAGAAUGCUUCUUUUGGUCAAGGAAGGCGAGAGAAUUUGUCCUGUAACUAUUAUCGCAAGUCAAGACACACUAUUGAUAAAUGUUAUAAACUCCAUGGGCACCCAACAGGAUAG